AUGGCCGCCUUUGUGCGCGUUUCAGGCCCAGCGAAUGGUAAUUUUCUGAUCGGCUACCCGGGCAUAUCUGCGACCAUGCCUCGGAUUGAAGGCAAAGUUGAGAUCCGCCCGAGCGUUGGUAUAUCUGCACCGGUCAAUGUUUCCCUCGUCACCAUUGCCCUCCUCCGCCGCGAGACCAUCCACCCAUCCGCCGACUCCGUCACGAAGAAGCGCCUUGCUCCGCCUCGCAAAGAAAUCACAGAGAUCGUUGGCAAGGAAAUGCUGCUUUUUCGAUGUCCUGCUGGCAAGGAACAUGAAGAGGUCAUCGCUAUGGAUCUGCCGUUUGUACUAUUUAUCCCGUUUGGACGUGGGGGCCGCGAUUCCUCACGACGGGUACCGCCAGCGAGCUUACAGCUGCCCAGCCGCACUGCCGAGACAUUCUACGAAAUGAUGGUGAUGGUCCAGCAGGGUCACUCCGAACAAAGGAAAUAUACGUUCCCAGUCCCGAUUGCCCGCUACGACACUCUGUCUACCUUUGGCAUGUAUAACCGGCCCGAGUCAGCAGAGCGAGUAUCAGACCAUUUGGUGACACUGGCCAUCUCACUCCCGCGAUGGUCCUACGGACCCCUAGACCCGGUCAGUGUCUAUGUAAAGCUGUCACCAAAUCAGGAUUGGAUGGGGAAAGCCCGCAAGGUCACGAUUAACAAGAUCACAAUCGGCAUUGAUGAGGAGAUUAUCUACAACCAUGAGGGUGACGAGCCUCAGCGCAAGGUCAAAACCUUGGCUAAAAAAACUGACCCCGUGGGUGUACGGCUACCCCAAUCAGGAUACCUGACGAAUAUGGGACUUGUGUUCCCUGCAAAGGACAUGCGAGACUCGGAGGGGAUCUUACCGCGGAAUCGCACAGCAUUUCCCAUGUAUGGCGUCAGUGGGUUCACGACCACUGGCUCGUUGUAUAAAAUUGAGUAUUACCUCACUGUUCGCGCUCACUUGACAUCUGCACGAGACAUCACCAUCCGACAGCCAAUCGUGGUCUGUCCGCUUGAUCAUGCUGGUUGUAAAGAAGAAAUGGAGGCAAUUGAGCAAGCUGCCCGAGACGCUGCACAUGUCAAUCCGGACAACCCGAUGCUGCCACUUCCGUCGAUUGUGCGACCCAAUGACCCCAAUGCCCUCAGCCAUAUUGGCGUCGCCAUGGUUGCAAACCAGAAGAAACUGCUGAUCGACUGA